AUGCGAAGGAAGGAGUCGUUUAGCGAGCCUAGGCCAACUCCACAAAAGGCGCCGUGGCCCAUGGAAACCGUUAUGGAUCGCUGGAAAUGGCACCAUCCAAGGACUCCUCCCAUCGUUCUUGAAGAUUGCCACAGCGAUUGCGACUCAUUGUCUUCGGUGAUCGAUGGCAACAACAACAACAUCAACGGCAACAACGACAACGACAACGACAACGACGACAAUGAUAUCGCGUCAUCAUCUUAUUCUAAUUUGUUGUGUCGGAAAACACCGUUGCCUUUCGAUCUCAAUCUGCCGCCGUUGGAUUUGAAUCACGACGUUGAAUUCAUUGGUGAUGAUCUCAAUUGCACCACUGCUUUGUGUCUCUAA